AUGUUCGGCGCGGACUCCGACUCGGACGACGGCCCGAGCGCACUGCCACUGCACGAUUGCUGUGAGACGAACGACGCGGAGACGCUGCGCGCGCUGUUGGCGCCGCCUUCGACGGACGGAGACGCGGCGGAAGGAGACGCGGAUCCGGCGGCGAACGAAGACGCGGAGGAGGAGAAGGAAGAUGGUGAUCGCGGUGAUGACGAGGACGACGAGGACGACGAGGAAGAUUUCGAUCCGGAGGCUGAGGAGGAGGAGGAGGAGGAGGAGGAGGACGGCGCAGCAGCGUUCGGCGCGGCGCUCACCGCUGGUCUCGCGCGCGUCUCCAUCGACGAGCGGGAUCGCGAGGGGCACACCCCGCUGCACGUGGCGCUGCUGCAUGGUUCAAUCGAUUGCGUGAACGCACUCUUGGAUGCAGGGGCGAAAUCGUACGUCACACUCGAGGGUUCGCCGCCGCUGCACAUCGCGUGCGCAAUGAGCGGAUUCGAGCGACACGAGACCUUCGCAUUGGAGGCUGUAAAGGCGUUGCUCCCGCACGUCGAGAAUGAGUCUACUCAAGACGAUUACGGACGAACCGCUCUAUCCGUCGCGGCGCAACACGGUGUGUUGGCCAUCGUUCAGACGCUCGUGAACGAUUUCGCGCCGCCAAACGAGGAGGAUACGGUUGAGGUGUACAUCAACCUGAAAGACAAGACUCGUAACCGGCCGCUGCACUGGGCGUGCGCGUACGGACGCGGCGAUGUCGUCGAGUUUCUGUUAAAGAGCGGCGCCGAUGCUUCUCUGAGAAACGAUAACAAGGACAACGCUCUGCACUGCGCCGUAAGAGGAGGCGAUGCGAAGUGCGUUGAGGCGCUCUUGAAGUUGCAUCCUGAGUUGGCUCAGGAGCAGAAUGCGCAAUCGCAAACGCCAGCGCAGAUGGCCGCCGCGCGUGGAAGACCAGUGAUUGCGAAGCUCUUCAAGCUAAGCGUCGAUGCUGCGGCAGAUGAAGAUCUCAAGCGCUUCAUCAUAGCUCCGGAUGUGUGCUUCUUGCAUCACUCCUGUCCGCCGAUUACUCGUCUGGAAAAGGACACACCGCCGCCCGAGAAUGUCAACCGGUUGACCACACUGUUGAACCCGUCGAAUGGAACGUUGCGUGGAAAGGAAUUCAGCGAGCUCAACGUCGAGUACGUGUCGGAGGUCAAACCUGCUGCUUGGGUAGACAUCCUGCGCUGUCAUGAAUACGCGUACCUCAAAAAGGUGCAGAAAAUUUGUGACCAGCUGCCGGACAUUCGUAUGCUCCCGCGCGCGAUCGGCACCAUAGACGGUGAUACCGCUGUAUGUUCGCAAUCUUUCAACGCCGCGCUCGCCGCCGCGGGCGCGACCAUCGAAGCCGUGGAAAAGAUCAUCGCUGGCGAGACAAAGAAAGUGUUUUGCGCCGUUCGUCCUCCAGGGCAUCACAGCGGUCCCCUCGGACCGGUCGGUACGCCAGGCGAUCCCAUCGGUACUGGUUCGCACGGAUUCUGUCUCAUCAACAACGUCGCCGUCGCUGCAGCGUACGCCCGAUGCGUCCACCGAAACAAGAUUCGACGAAUUGCGCUGGUUGAUUUCGACGUUCAUCACGGGAACGGCACCGAGGCGUGCGUGCAAAACACAGCUCCGAGCGCGCCGCAGUUCAAGUACCAACUCCCCAUCGGUGGUGGUACCUUUUCAAUGCACAUGUAUCGCCCUUGGCUAGAUGAAACCGAUCCGGAAGAGAUCAUGUUUGCCUCGGUGCACGGAUACGGGCGACGAGAGCUCCAGCAUCACUUCUAUCCAGGCACUGGUCCGACGAAGAGCACGAAAGGUGAGUACGACUUAGAUACCGAAGAGAUCCCGGCUUGGGAUGAAGACGGCGUAGUCGAAGAUCCGAUGCACGUCGAGGCCGAGGUGCGUGUGAGCACAGCCAAGGGCGAGCAACCGUGGGUAUUGGACGUUGGAAUGGAGGGCGCGGGCAAGCGAUCUGAGCGCGGGCACGCGUGGCGUCGAGUGUGGAAGGGAAAGAUUUUGCCCGCCAUCAACGCCUUUGAGCCCGAACUCAUCAUCAUCUCCGCCGGUUUCGACGCACAUGCGAAGGAUGACAUUCAAGGUCCAGUGAACCUGGGUGUGAAGGAACAAGACUAUGAGUGGCUCACCACGGAGUUGGUGAAGAUUGCCAACGCGCACUCCGACGGUCGCGUGAUCUCUGUCCUCGAGGGUGGCUAUCGAAUUCAGGGAGGUCCGAUCUCCGCGUUCGGCCGCUCCGUUGCCACGCACGUUCGAACGCUGUUCCAACCGAAUGCCGAAAAAUACGACGCCGCCAGGGCGAAGACGGAGUUCAACGCAGAGCUUCGAGUCCGCCGCGAGAUUCGCGAGAAGCGAGAAGCUGAGGAAGAAGCCGAGCGUCAGGCCUACUUGGAGCGCAUCGCUGAAGAAGAGCGCGCGAUGAUGGAAAGCAACGAUGCUAUGGACGCCGACGACGCGAACGGCGAGAAGCGCGAGGCCGAGACAGAUCCCGAACAAACGCCGUCCAAGCGCUCGCGCCGAGGCGUUCCCGUCGAUUACGCCGCGUUGAACGCCAAGAUCGAAGCCGAGGCCGCGGCAAAGAAAGCCGCGAACACCGAGUCCUAG